UAUUGAAGUGUGAUCCUGAGAGCAGAUGAUGUGUGAGUGGUGUUGGUAGGGUCUGGCUGCUGUGGUGAUAGUAACGAAAUGGAAGAAGAUCAAGCACCAAACAAGGAUUCCUCCGAAACCAAAGAUGUGAGGAAGGUGCAACGUAAAUCUGAAACCAAUCGAUACAGUGAGAUCUUCAGAGACUUUGAUAAUCUUGACUUAUCUGUAAACAUUGAAGGGGAGGAACUCUUGGCAGACCCUGACUCGCAGUCCAUCUGUUCAGAAAGUGCAGAUCUCCCAGAGCAACAUAAUGUGUCUAAUCGCCUUGAAGCCAAUGAAGUCGAUGGAAACUCAACAGCUGAGGAAGCGGACCUGGCCCUCUGUCGCUGCGAGGAUGGAGUGGAGACGGCGCUGCAGUACGCCAAGAUGUGGUGCCGAUACGCCAAAGACCUCCUGGCCUGGAUGGAGAAGAGAAUCAGCUUGGAACAAGAAUUUGCCAAAAAUAUAAUGAAGACAGCUGAAGGAUCAAAAGCCAAUGUGACGCAGCAGGAAAUGAUGCCCCUACAGUACAUCUACACCAUGGCGCUAGAGCAAGACAUCAAGAACAGUUUGACGUCAAAAAGGACUUCCGAAAUGCUACAAAACCGCUGUUACCAAGCCUUGGUUGCCAAGAAAAAUGAGAUUGACAAGUGGCGCAGAGAAUUCAAGGAGCAGUGGGCAAAAGAACAAAGGAAGAUGAAUGAGGCAGUGACAGCUUUUAAAAAGGCUCGGCAUCAAUACUUCCAACGCUGUGAUGAGCUUGAGAAAGCUAAAGCUGUCACAGCUAAAGCUGUAGACGACAUAGCUGGAAUCAAAACACUGGAUAAGAGGAAGAAGUCCAAGGAUGAAGCCCAAUCUAAGGUGUGGGAGGCAGAGCUUCUGUACAAACAGUCAGCGAAUGACGCCAAGAUCCACCAGGAUGUGUUAGUGAAAGUCAAAGAGAAAAUUAUUUCUCACAUUCGAAAGCUCAUCUGUCAGGGAGACACUGUGCUGAAGGAGGCCACAGUCAACAUGUUUUACUACCAGCGGCAGCAGACAGAGCCUGUUCCCCUCGGUUAUUACAACCUGGAGAUGACAUGCAGGUCUCUAGAGCCGGGCGAGCCCUACAUACUCUACAUCCUCAGCAAACGUCGCCCUGAGCAGCCACUCCAACUCUUCACCUUCCAGGAGUAUGUCCCUCAAGGCAAAGGGGGCAAACGAAAAUCCAGCAACCCUCACAGCAGCUCUCUGAAUGAUGCCUCACCUAUGACAGAAGAUGGCAGGAGAACAGGAUACAGUGACAAUGACAGUUUUGGAGGCAGUAUGGAGUCUCUGUCUAGUCCUGCUCACACUAAUAGGAGGGUGCCCAAAACCUUAUCCACUUUGACAGUGUCAUCGGACGACCUGGACGAAAGGGACAUGGCAUCAGAAUCAGAGUACAUUGAUGGUCAGCCAUUCAAAGCACGCACGCUUUCACGAGCUGCACUGACGCACCGACUCAGGAAGACAAAGAGCAAAAUGGUCAAAUGCAAGCAGUGUGAAAACUACAUCGUUGUUAGUGGGGUUGAAUGUGAGGAGUGCGGGCUGGCUUUGCACAGGAAGUGUAUGGAGGUGUGUCACCUAGAGUGUGAGAACAGAAAGGGUGUGGUGUUCGGAGUAGACCUCUCUCUGCUGCUACGUGACAAGCCAGAUGAGGUGCCCUUUGUGGUGCUACACUGCAUAUCUGAGAUCGAGAGUCGUGCCCUCUCUGUCCAGGGGGUGUAUCGUGUAAGUGGUUCCAAGCCUCGCAUCCAGAAGCUCUGUCAGAGCUAUGAGAUGCACAAGGAGCAGGUGGACCUCUCCGAUGUCUCACCACAUGACAUCACCUCUCUCCUUAAGCACUUCUUGAAAGAGCUUCCAGAGCCCCUACUAACCUUUGACCUUUACGGUGAUUUCAUCACGGUGGGAAAGAGCAUUCACCAUCUGAGUGACAGGGAGCCAACACCAGACACUACGAGAGAUAAUGAGAUAACGGUCAUCAUUCAAAACGUGCAAAGGCUACUACAAAAACUCCCUCCACAUUGCUAUAACACUUUGAAGUACAUGAUGUCUCACCUGCAAAAAGUUUCAGGGAACGAAGAAAACAAGAUGUCCCCUUGCAAUUUGGGUAUAGUGUUUGGCCCAACACUAUUGCGCCCUCUAGUGUCUACGGACAUGUCAAUGAUUACCCUGCUGGAAACCAGCUACCAGGCUGUACUUGUGGAGUUCCUCAUCACACACCAUGACAAGGUUUUUGGUCCUACGCAGAGACCCAAUACACCCCCUCCUCCUGUCCCCAGUGCCCCUCUUCCAGACACCCCUCCCAGAGCCUCCUGUCCUCUGGAUGGGGAGCUUCACACCAGCCCUGAACGCAGAGAGCGUCCACUCUCAGUAGAAAGUCGAACAAUCAAGAGAGAGUCAAGCGAGGGUUAUAUAUCUGACAAGUCUUCAUCCAAUGAGGCAGUGGACCAACUCAGCCCUGAAGCCAAUGAGAGAGCAGUCCUGGCUAUGAGAGGGGCAUCAAGCGAUAUUCAGGGUGAGCCGGUUGGGGAACCAGACUCUGUUUCGGUGACCCAGCCACACUAUCGCUUCACCAGACAGCCUGUGAAGUAUUACCGCCAUCAUAACCCAGGAACCCGACUCACCAACCUAAGUCGUGCUGCCAGACAGCCUGCAGCCUCAGCAAGGGGCCAUUCAGGGAGUGCUGACAGCAGCCGCAGCUCCUCUCCAGAGCCAGGAGCACAGAGACUUUCACAAAACUUAGACGUCUCCUGCGAGAACACCCACCAGCCACACCAGGCCACCAUUGCCGCAGAGAACAAGGCAGACGUCCCACUAAGCCCCGCCAAGGUUGCGCAGUGCAUGCUGGGGCUGAACUCAACAUUUACAUCAGUUGUAACUAAGACACCCUCUGGUACAAUGCAGGUGUCUUCUCAGGAGGCAGUAGCAGGGUGUCAUUCUGAUGUGAACAUAAAUCUGUCCAAAAACAGACAGGGUGCUGGUCAGAGUAGGGCUCUGUGCCAGUCACCAAAGACAUUUCCUGUAGAGCACAAACUGACCUCACCUGCCCACAAGAUCCUGUCUGGUCUGAAGCUGAGACGCAGCCACUCAGGGAAGGACGAGCAACUCUUCGUUUGAGGAGAUAGAGAUCUCCAGACAGUCCAGACACACACUGGAGGAUGUAAAAUAAUUCAUGUCAUUGAUAUUGACUGUAACAAUCGAGAUUUCAUGAUUAAAUGCUCCAACAUUUUACACACAAAUAUUUCACCUUUAACACAAAUUUAAUUGUCUUCAAAAAAAAGUAUUCUGAUGAAGAUUCACUUUCCAAAAAGUUUCAAACUCACAAACAAACAACACACAACAACAUUUGAGUGACUCUUUAAGGAGACACAGUUUUAAAGUUCUGACUUGAUGCUUACUGGGAUGCUACAGCUUCUUUACCACUAAUCCUCGUUAAGAUUUUGAUUUGUUGACCAUCCAGUUGUCAAUCACCCACCCAGAGGUUAAUGUAUUUAUCUGUAUCUAAUAUUUCUAGUGUAUAUGAAUGUAACAAGCAGUUGUUUUGAGACUGCAGGCGAAGAGAUGCAAACUCCACAUCCAGGAUCAAGUUCGUCUAGGUUUUGUUAUAAACAAAUUAUAAAGAAUAUCAGCAAAAUACAAAUGCCAUCAAGUAUUGUAUUUUUAAAAUAAUUUCAUUGUCUAGUUGUAUGCUUUUUUAACAGUUUUAUAGGCUCUAAAUUGACUUUUUUUUGUAGUGUACGAAAAAAUAAAGAUAUGCCUUAACUGGUGUCAUAGUUAGGUUUACAAUUUUUUUUCUUGCACCUUUCCUGUUUUGACACAAGGGGGCGGUCUUCUCUCAGUGUUAUGGGAAGACAUGCCAGACACAAUAUCAAA